GCUCCCGCCGCUGCUGGGGUCCUUUCCGCUGAGCUGUGCAGGAUUAGCAGCAGCAGCAACAUGCCGACUGUCGGAGUAAAGAGAGAUCUUCUCUUUGAAGCGCUGGGAAAAACUUACACUGAUGAAGAGUUUGACGAGCUGUGCUUUGAGUUCGGGUUGGAGCUGGAUGAAAUUACGUCGGAGAAGGACAUCAUCAGCAGAGAGCAGGGCGACUCCAAGGCCUCAGGAGCAUCUGAUGUGAUUCUGUACAAGAUCGACGUCCCUGCCAACCGCUACGACCUGCUGUGUCUGGAGGGGCUGGUCCGGGGACUGCAAGUCUUCAAGAAUAGGGUGGAGGCCCCUCGCUACACCCGUGUGAGUCCGGUCGGCGGCGAGACUCAGAGACUGAUCAUCACUAAAGAGACGGCAGCAGUACGGCCCCAUGCUGUGGCAGCAGUGCUGAGGAACAUCACCUUCACUCAGGAGCGCUACGACAGUUUCAUUGAGCUGCAGGAGAAGCUGCAUCAAAAUAUCUGCAGGAAGAGGAGCCUGGUGGCCAUCGGCACCCAUGACCUGGACACCAUCUCGGGGCCUUUCACGUACACGGCCAAACCCCCGGGGGACAUCAGCUUCACGCCGCUCAACCAGACCAAAGAGUACACGGCAGCCCAGCUGAUGGACCUCUACAAGACGGACAGUCACUUGCGGCACUAUCUUCACAUCAUCGAGGACAAGCCCCGGUACCCCGUCAUCUACGACAGCAAUGGCAUCGUUCUGUCAAUGCCUCCCAUCAUCAAUGGGGACCAUUCAAAAAUCACCCUGCAGACGAAGAAUGUCUUCAUUGAGUGCACAGCGAUGGACCUGACAAAGGCCAAGAUCGUGCUGGACAUGAUGGUGACCAUGUUCAGCGAGUACUGCUCACAGCCUUUCACGGUGGAGGAGGCAGAGGUGGUGUUCCCAGAUGGAAAGACCUGCAUAUAUCCAGAACUGGCUUACAGGAAGGAGAAGCUGUCCCGCGACUUCAUCAACCGAAAAGUUGGCAUUAACGAGUCCACGGAGAGGAUCGCCCAGCUGCUCACCAGGAUGUGCCUGCGCUCCACGGCCGCCGGGGACGACAUCGAGGUGGAGAUCCCCCCCACCCGCUCCGACGUCAUCCACGCCUGCGACAUCAUGGAAGACGCCGCCAUCGCCUACGGUUUCAACAACAUCACACGCACCACGCCGCGCACUUACACCGUAGCCAACCAGUUCCCACUUAACAAACUGACGGAGCUGCUGAGACAAGACAUGGCUGCAGCCGGGUUCACGGAGGCUCUGAACUUCGCCCUGUGUUCCCAAGAAGACAUUGCCGAGAAACUUGGAAAAAAGAUCUCCGAGAUCAAGGCGGUCCAUAUUUCCAACCCCAAGACAGCAGAGUUUCAGGUGGCGCGCACCACGUUGCUGCCCGGCCUGCUGAAAACCAUAGCUGCCAACAGGAAGAUGCCCCUUCCCCUCAAACUGUUUGAGAUCUCAGAUGUGGUGCUGAAGGAUGAGACCAAAGAUGUCGGCGCCAGGAACAGGAGACAUUUCUGCGCCAUUUACUACAACAAGAGCCCGGGCUUUGAGGUGAUCCACGGCCUGCUGGACCGAACCAUGCAGCUGCUGGAGGUGAAGCCGGUCCGGGGAGAGGGAUACCACAUCCAGGCUGCAGAGGAUCCCACCUUCUUCCCCGGGCGCUGUGCGGAGAUCUUGGUGCGUGGAAAGAGCGUCGGGCGCCUCGGCGUUCUCCACCCAGACGUCAUCAACCGCUUUGAGCUGACCCUGCCCUGCUCCGCCCUGGAGAUGGACAUCGAGCCCUUCCUUGGCCACACGGCUGAAACCGUCCUCACACACGACGUCCCUAUGCAGGAAACCGUCCAGCAUAAGUUCUGUACGCAGGGCGAACCCCACCGCCCACUUUCCACAAAAACUGUGUUUGGUGACAUGAGCACUCAGGAAGGCCUGAAAGCGCUGGAUCAUUUCCUGGCCGACAAGAGCUACAUGGAGGGAUUCACCGCGUCCCAAGCUGACGUUCUCAUGUUCGACGCCGUCCCCGCUCCCCCCUCACAAACCUUCUGCCACCUCUGGCGCUGGCACAGCCACAUCAAGUCUUUCCAGACGGAGAGAGCUCAUCUCCCAUUAGCCGGGAAUCAGUUCGUGCUCCCUCCCGCCAACCCCUCCGCGUCAACAAACCCCACCAGCGACGACGACGACAUCGACCUCUUCGGCUCCGACGACGAGGCCGAGAGCGCCGAGGCGGCCAGGAUCAAGGAGCAGCGCCUGGCCGAGUACGCCAGCAGGAAGUCCAAGAAGCCGGCCGUCGUGGCCAAGUCCUCCAUCCUGCUGGACGUGAAGCCCUGGGACGACGAGACGGACAUGGCCCGGCUGGAGCAGUGCGUCCGCAGCGUGAGCAUGGACGGGCUGCUGUGGGGGCGGGCCAAGCUGGUGCCCGUGGGCUACGGCAUACACAAGCUGCAGAUAGGAUGCGUGGUGGAGGAUGAGAAAGUGGGCACGGAUAUGCUGGAGGAAGCCAUCACCGCCUUUGAGGAAUAUGUUCAGUCUGUGGACGUGGCUGCUUUCAAUAAAGUCUGAAUCAAUCACCUGGAUAACCGUCAGAAUAUUUCUGGUUUCAUUUCUGGGUGAAUGUAGUUGAGAUGUGAAACAUUCAGGCUGUACUAUCAGGAUAUAUUUAAAUGCACUCUUCCAUGGAGGUAGAAAAUAAAAUAAAUAAAGCCACUUUUAAUUAAGUGCUCUGUUUGACCUACUUUUUUUCUUAUUU